AUGGCUAAUGCAGGAAAAUAUAAAGUAUUCAUCACUCGCUCUGAUAUGCCAGAAGGUGGAGUUGAACUUUUGAAGAAACAAUGUGAAGUAAACAUAUGGAAAGCUCCACUUCCUAUUCCCAGGACAGACUUAAUAAAAUCAGUAUCUGGUGUGAAUGGGAUAUACUGUUCACUUACUGAGAAGAUUGAUGCUGAAUUGCUAGAUGCUGCAGGGCCUGGCUUGAAGGUUGUUGCUACUAUCUCAGUUGGAUAUGACCACAUAGAUGUAGCAGAGUGCAAGAAAAGGGGUGUUAAAAUUGGAUACACUCCUGAUGUUCUGACAGAUGCGACUGCUGAACUUACGUUGGCACUGCUACUAUCAACUUCAAGACGCCUUCCCGAAGCUAUACAUGAAGCGAGAACUGGAGGUUGGGUCUCCUGGGCACCAACAUGGAUGACAGGUCCAGGCUUAGCGGGUGCAAUAGUGGGUGUAGUUGGAUUUGGCAGGAUCGGUCAGGCAGUGGCAAAACGUGUCAAGGCUUUCAAUACUUCCCAAAUUCUAUAUUUCAAUCGUAGUGAGAGACCAGAGGCUAAGGAAAUUGGUGCUGUCAAAGUAAGCUUUGAUGAAUUGCUAAUGAAAAGUGACUUUGUCAUAUGCUGUGCUGCAUUAACACCAGAUACUAAAGAAAUGUUUAACAAGAGUGCAUUUGAGAAAAUGAAACGUACUGCUAUUUUUGUCAAUACCAGCAGAGGUGGCGCUGUGGAUCAAGAGGCAUUGAUUGAAGCAUUACAGAAUGGUACCAUAAGAGCAGCGGGUUUGGAUGUCACAACUCCCGAACCUUUGCCGUUAGAUAGUCCACUGUUUAAACUAAAAAAUUGCGUCAUUCUACCUCAUAUAGGAAGUGCUGCAAUUGAAGCCAGAGCUACCAUGAGUGAAUUGACAGCAAACAAUAUACUAGGGGCCCUAAAUGGCACAAAAAUGCCUGCAGAGUUGCAGUAA